AUGUCCCAAGACGAAGAAAUCGAAAUCCCCUCCGAACCCCCCGUCGACACAGAUCUCUACGACGUCCUCGGCGUUCAGAAUGAUGCAACUCCCGAGCAGAUCAAGUCGGCCUAUCGCAAACAAGCUCUCAAGCACCAUCCUGACAAGGCCCCUGCCGAAUCGAAGGAAGAGGCCAACCACAAAUUCCAACAGAUCGCAUUCGCCUACGCCAUUCUAUCCGAUGCGCGACGACGCCAACGGUUCGACUUGACCGGCAGUACCGCCGAGGCCGUGGAUGAGGAUGAAAAUUUCAACUGGGUCGACUUUUACAGGGAGCAGUUCUCGAGCGCGAUUGACACGGGCGCCCUCGAUCAACUCAAGCAGGAAUACCAAGGUUCGGACGAGGAGGAACGGGAUGUCCUGGCGGCAUUUGAGAAGUACCGAGGCGACAUGGACAAGGUGUACGAGUCGGUCAUGCUCUGCAAUGUUAUCGAUGACGAUGAGCGGUUCCGAGCGAUCAUCGACAAGGCGAUCGCCAAUGGAACAGCACAGGCCUACAAGAAAUACACGGAGGAGCCGGAGAAGAAGCGCCAGCAGCGCCUCAAGCGAGCCCAGAAAGAAGCCGAGGAAGCGGAGCAGCUGUCCAAGGAGCUGGAUGAGAAGAAGGAAACACCGGGGAAGCGGGGGCGGAAGAAGAAGAGCUCUGCGAUGGACAAUGGGGAUCUGAUGGCACUGAUCCAGCAGCGACAGGCGUCCCGGGCGGAAUCGUUCUUUGACCGGUUGGAGGAGAAGUAUAACCCAGGCAAGAAACGAGCGGCCAAGUUUGAGGAACCGCCGGAGGAGGCGUUUGCUGCGACGGCUGCUCGACAGAGUUCGAAGAAGAAGAAGAAAGCCAAGGCCUGA